AUGGAAGGUGUUGAAGUCGGUACUGACGACAGCUUCAAGAGACUUGUGCUUCAAAAGAAGGUUAAGCAAUUGGGAACUUUCGAAUCCAACAAGAAGCAAAAGAAAAAGCUCAAUACAUAUAUUCGCUUAAUUGGAUCAGUGUUCAAAACCAAUGAUCCUCUCUAUUACACAGAUGUAGUGGUAGUAGAAGCUGCCAAAUUAGUCACAAAGUAUACCAGAUACACCGGAGAUAAGAAUAAUGAGCUCUUAUUAAAGAAUCACCAAUCUCGCCCAACGGGCUCAGCACCACUUCCUGAAAUAAAUGCUGCAUCUCAGGAAGUGAAUGCCACUUCAUCUCGUGGUAAUAUCCACAAACGCGGGCGAUGGGGCAAGCGUGGCCACUGGCAAGGAAAUAGAAAAAAUCGUGGUGCUCGUUCAGAGGGUUUAGGUCCAAGGAGUGGUCCAUCCACGAAUGGCAAAAAUGCAUCCCGUAAUAAGGGAAAGUCACAGAUGAGCCAUGUGCCUAGAAAUGUUGAAAGCCCUUGUCACAGAUGUGGUGCAAAGGGACAUUGGGUGCGCGCAUGUCGUACGCCCAGGCAUUUGGGGGAUCUCUAUCAAGCUUCACUUAAGAACAGGAAAGUGGAGAUAAAUUACAUUGAUCAUGCUCCGCCAGCCACAAAUGGCUCAUCAGAAAUAUCGCGUCAGCUAAACAAGACGCAUCUGGAUGUUUCUGAUUUUGUUACUAAAAGAGGGAAUGAAGCUUAUGAGUCCGAAUUAGAAUAA